GCCUCUUCGCCCCUCGUGUGUCGACGCUGUGACGUGUUAAAAAAGCGACGACUUUCUGCGUAUGUUCCGGUUGCUAUGCUAACGGCUGACAGACGAAGGAGUUCGGACUUGCCCAGUGGCGUGUGGCAAUUCUCGUAAGGGGGAGUACGGAGAGAUCUGAGUGAAAGGCUUAAGGAUGGUCUGAUGGACCGCCGCUUCUUCCUGACUCUCCUCUUCUGCUCAGUGUCGUGGAUCUUGUUCUGGGAAAUACGGUGGAAGAAAAGAAAAGAGAGUCAGAUUGAGGAAUGGCUCCAAGUACAUAGCCUUUCUCAAUACAGGCACUUAUUUGAAGAUGUUCAGACGCUGGAAGAACUGAGUGUGAGCGCUCUGAGUCGUCUGGAGGAGGUGGUGAAAGAGCAGCAGAGCUGGAGGGAAAUUGCAGAAGCUCACAUCAAACUGCUUCGAGACUUUGCCUUCCAGGAGUGGCUUUGCUCCCAGAACCUAGAGCACUAUCACCACAUACUGAAAACCUUGGGUUGCAUGAAUCUGGAUGAUCUGUCUCGAUUCGACGGUCAGCUGCAGCUCUCUUUGUCGGCCUGGGGUUACUACUACAACGACUACAUAAAGCUGUCCACGGGCAUCAAGAUCCUGCAGACGUCUAGGGGGAGCCGAGACCAGGACUACGAGAUCCGGCUGGUCCGCAGCCUGGCUGAGAGACGUCUGAAUGAGAAGUGGUCAACCGCGGGAGCUCUCCUUUUUGGCUGUACUGUGGCACUGUGCUUUUUGAUAAGGGACCUCAUGUUUUACGUGAUUGGUGGAAUUACUGUUUCCAUCAUAGCGUUUUUCUUUACCAUCAAGUUCCUCUGUGAGCUCGCAGCUCGGAUCGUUAGCUUCCUGCAGAAUGACGAUCCUGGGAGAAGGGGCGACCGCAGCAUCUACGACUAUGUCCGCGGCAACUACCUGGACCCACGUUCCUGUAAGGUGUCAUGGGACUGGAAGGAACCACAGGAAGUCGGGCAUACGAUGACCUUUAGAGUUCAGCUUUUUUACAAGAACGGCCAACCUUUCCCCGCGCAUCGGCCCGUGGGUUUAAGGGUGAACAUCACCCACAUCGAACUGGCUCUGGACAUCCCGGUCACUCAGGAGGUUCUGCAGGAGCCGGAGUCCAACAUCGUCAAAGUGGCCUUCACGGUGCGCAAAGCCGGGCGUUAUGAGGUUGCUGUGAAGCUGGGGGGCCUGAAUGUGGCCUACAGUCCCUAUUACAAGAUCUUCCAACCAGGUACAGUGGUUCCAUCUAAAACCAAGAUAGCCUACCAUUUCUCCACCCUGGUGCUAACAAAUGGCCAGCAGCACACUUUGCAGAUUGAACCUAGGGACGAGUACGGGAACCCCACCAGUAACUCCACGUCUCUCACGGAUGAAAAGAACUACAGUGUCCAUGUUCACUCUCUUGGCACUGGGGAGGAUGACAGUGCAGAUGAUUUCUACUGUAAGUCGGUUUCACUCAACAAGCAGCAGUGCCAGGUUCUACUGCGACUCAUCCUGAAGAAGACGGGUUGUUUCAAGGCCCGGAUCUCUUACAACGAUCAGCCGCUCAGCAACGGGGAGUUUGACAUAAUUGUUCUCAGUGAGAAUGAAAAGGCCUGCGUGGAGAAGAACGUGUCCACCCCGGGCAUUAGCAUCUACUUCGAGGCGUACCUUUACAGCAGUGGCAACUACACCAAUUCAUCUUGGCAGUUACCUGCGUCCGCUCUGCUGGCGCCUCAGAGGAGGCCCUCUAUGGGCGAGGAGGAUGAGGAGCAUGACUCUCCUGUGGAGGGGCAACCAGAGAAGGUGAAGAAACCAAAAAAGGUCUACUGCUACAUAUCGCCAAAGCAACUAUCUGUAAAGGAGUUCUACCUGAAAAUUAUUCCAUGGCGCCUUUUCACCUUUCGAGUUUGUCCAGGAACCAAAUUUACCUACUACGGUCCAGACCCGGUCCAUAAGUAUUUAACUCUGGUGGUGGACGAUGGCAUACAGCCUCCUGUGGAGCUCAGCUGCAAAGACAGAAACAUCAUGGCUGCCACCUUCAUCCGCUUCCUGCACAAAAACAUUGGUGGCUCUGAAACCUUCCAGGAUAAGGUAAACUUCUUUCAACGGGAACUCAGGCACAUUCACUCCAAGAAACCUCGCACCAAAACCUGCCUAAAAAUCACUCGACAUGCCAUUCUAGAGUCAUCACUAAAGGCUACAAGGAACUUCUCCGUGUCGGACUGGAGUAAAAACUUUGAAGUUGUGUUUCAGGAUGAAGAAGCUCUUGACUGGGGAGGUCCUCGCAGGGAGUGGUUCGAGUUGAUUUGCAAGACCCUCUUUGACACGUCCAACCAGCUGUUUACCCGCUUCAGUGAAAAUAACCAGGGCCUUGUGCACCCAAACGCUGACAGGCCGCCCCACUUGCGACUGAAGAUGUACGAGUUUGCCGGUCGCGUCGUCGGGAAAUGUUUGUACGAAUCCACCAUGGGCGGAGCCUACAAGCAGCUGGUCCGAGCGCGCUUCACGCGUUCCUUCCUGGCGCAGAUCAUUGGCCUUAGGAUGAACUACAAGUACUUUGAGACGGACGACCAGGAGUUCUACAAAACGAAAGUCUGCUUCAUCCUAAACAAUGACGUGAGUGAAAUGGACCUAGUGUUUGCCGAGGAGAAGUACAACAAGUCAGGCCAGCUGGAAAAGGUGGUGGAGCUGAUUUCCGGGGGAGCUCAGAUCGCCGUCACCAAUGAGAACAAAAUGCAUUACCUUAACCUGCUCGCUCAGUACAGACUAGCCAGCCAGGUGAGGGAUGAGGUGGAACACUUCCUGAAAGGUUUGAACGAGUUGGUUCCAGAGAAUCUGUUGGCCAUAUUUGAUGAGAAUGAGUUGGAGCUGUUGAUGUGUGGCACGGGCAAUAUAAACGUGCAGGACUUCAAAGCCCACGCCGUGAUUGUCGGAGGGUCGUGGCACUUUAGAGAGAAGGUCAUGAAGUGGUUCUGGGCAGUGGUGUCCAGUUUCACCCAGGAGGAGCUGGCGCGCCUUUUGCAGUUCACCACCGGCUCCUCUCAGCUUCCCCCCGGAGGAUUCAACACGCUCUGCCCCUCAUUCCAGAUCAUUGCAGCUCCUACACACAGCACAUUACCCACUGCACACACCUGUUUUAACCAGCUGUGCCUCCCGACGUACGACUCCUACGAGGAGCUGCACAAGAUGCUGAAGCUGGCCAUCAGCGAGGGCAGCGAGGGCUUCGGCAUGCUCUGACUCCUCCGUCACUGUGGCUCCUCUCAUUCACAUAAAGACCAGCACCGCUCCACUGAACUGGUUUCCUGCGUUCAUUCCCAUCCAGCAGCCCCAAACAUCCAGACGGUCCCCAUGUAUCGCUGCCAGGAGGGGAAAAAAAUAAAUUCAGGAAGUCCCGUUGGACUGAAUGGAAAGUGGAGCUUUUUAGUCAUAUGAACCUUAAUGCUACUGUAUGUACAUAGAAUUCAAAUUGGAACUUGUUGACUCCUGGGGGGGGAGAAAAUUAUAUUAGAGUUAGUAUUUUUUUUUUUGUAUUUCUGCUUAGCUUUAUACGCUUGGAAAGACGUAAGACAAGAACAAAGGCCUUGAGUUAUAUUGUAUAAUACUUACUUUAGCAUUUUGCAAACAGACGAACACUUUUAAGUGCAACAGCAGCCUCUACUUGCUGUGGGUGAAACAUCUGCAGCACUUUGGCCUUAAUCGAUCAGGGACUGAUGUGUGUUUUAUGUAAAUAAAUAAGCUCAUCCUUUUAAUUCACAACCUGUACAGAGUAAUGUGUACAGAGGUUUUCUUUUGACGUGUCAUUUAAAGGAGAAGGGAUUUAGUUAAUGCUGCAUGUAUGCUAGGAUAAUUGUAUUUUGCCUGCCAGAGGUGAAAAGUUUAUUUUUUUUUCUUUUUUUAAAAAAAGAAGCCACGCAGUUUCUGUUGUCUGUUUUUAAGUUAUUGAGUUUUGGGAGAACAUAAUUUGUUGACCCAUGUUCUGUUUAAUAACCUGCCUUAUCCGUUUCCUUUGCCUCCGAUUGUAACCAGACAGGUGCUUUGGUGGAGGAAACAUAAGCGACCGUUAUAGGAAACAAAUGAUGGAAAUUAGUGUUUGAACCCCUGUUAUAAGAUAUAUUUUAUUCUUUUCCUCCGUUUGUGAGUCAGCGUCUUUUUAUGGGUUUGCCUCAGGAUGUCCUCUGCCACCUAUGCAUGAACAGCUCUGUACUUCCCCACCCUCCCUCUGCAACCUGUAGCCCUUUUUUUCCCCCUCAUUCUGGGUAAUUUAUUGGAACCUUUGUACCUUUUGGGAAUAUAUUGUUUAAUUUUUUUGUUGUUAAAUUAUUGUGAAACUAUUUAUUUAAAUGCUUCAAGGGUUGUCGGUACUCUGAGCCAACACUCGUUAUCUGUUUUUUUUUUUCCUGUGCAUAGUUGUUGAAUUAUUAUUUUUUUUUUUUUUUUUUUUGCUGUUAAGAGUUUACAUGAUCAUUAGUCAUUUUGUAAUAAUAUGCCUAUAGGGGUGUCGGGAGAGCAUUAAGUCUACAAGAGGAUGAUAUUUUUUAACCACAAAUUGCCCCCAAAAACACUUCAAAUGCAGUUUUACUCUCUGCCCGCUCUGAAUUCAGCUUUGUCGCUCGGAGAUUUGGCUUUUCAGACGGUGGAGGCGUUUAGAGUAGCUUCUUAAGCUGGCCUUUUGCAGUGUUAAGAGGUUUGUUCCAGUAUUUACAGAUCUGAGCUCGUUUGGGUUGUGCAAUGUUUGAAGGAAGCACUAAAAUAUGAAUAUUUCACUAGGGCAACAUUUCGGUACGAAUACCAGUGGCUGCGAUCAUAUUUAUUUGUGAGGGGGGGAAAAAAAACAAAAGCUAAAGCGUUACGUGUCAUAUGCCUCUUCUAGACAACAAUGAAAGUUUUGUUUUAUGUUUGUUUUAUCUUUUCAAAAGAGCCACCAGUCUAUGUAAGGAUCAAAUGGGUUUCUGGGUUAGAGAGCCUGAACGUGACUUUUACUGAUGUACAUAUUGUGAAAUAUUUGCUUAAAAACUUUGAAGUGGGCUUGUAUUGUUUUUUUGUUUUUUUUGUCUGUUUUUUUUUUUCUUCUUUUUUAAUGGCGAGCCUCUGCAGACGAAUGUUUGAAGAUAAUCUGGACUGCAGGUCCUCCAUGUAUUGGAAUAAAAAUAUUGGGAUAAAAUCA